UACUAAGUAAGAGGGGUCGUGAGUUGCGAUGGCAUACAUAUGGAUCAGAGGAAGAAGAUGUCUGAAAAUAGAGAUGAUGAGGAGGAAAAGAAACAGCAUGAUGAUGACGAUGUCCAUCCAGCCAACAAACCACAGCAACAGCAGCUUGGUGGUGUUAGAACAAUGCCAUUCAUUCUUGCAAAUGAGGUAUGUGACAGAUUUGCAAGUGCCGGUUUUCAUGCCAACAUGAUCACAUACCUCACUCAGGUCCUGAAUUUGCCUCUUGUCAAGGCAUCCAACACCCUCUCCAACUUCAGUGGAACCUCCAGCUUCACUCCUCUCAUUGGCGCUUUCAUUGCCGACUCCUUUGCCGGUCGCUUUUGGACUAUCGUGAUCGCUUCCAUGAUCUAUGUCCUGGGAAUGGUUACCAUCACAAUAUCAGCAGCCCUGCCUCAGCUCCGUCCUCUUCCGUGUCCGACUCAAGAGAACUGCCAAGAAGCCUCCAACCUCCAGCUAUGGGUUCUGUAUCUCGCCCUUCUCUUAACGUCCUUGGGGACCGGUGGAAUUAGGCCUUGUGUCGUCACAUUUGCUGCUGAUCAAUUUGACAUGAGCAAGUCCAAGACCGAGUCUAGGAGUUGGAACUUCUUCAACUGGUACUACUUCUGCAUGGGGAUAGCCUCUUUGCUUGCUCUAACCGUCGUCGUUUACAUCCAAGACAACGUUAGUUGGGGUUGGGGGCUUGGCAUUCCAACCAUUGCCAUGGGCUUAUCCCUUGUUGCAUUCAUCUUUGGAGCCCCUUUGUACAAGAAAAUCAAGCCAAUGGGCAGCCCUUUCGUCAGAGUUGCACAAGUGAUCGUAGCGGCUGUGAAGAAAAGAAACAUCGUUGGGCCGGCUGAUCCUCAUGCCCUGUAUGAAAACAGAGAGCUUGAUGCUGAUAUCUCUACCAAUGGGAGGCUAGUUCAUUCAGAUCAGUUCAAGUGGCUUGAUCGGGCCGCGGUGGUGGUAGAUUCGGACAUAAACGAGUCGAGCCAACCAAAGCUCUGGAGGCUAGCAACAGUCCACAGAGUUGAAGAACUUAAAACCAUGAUCAGACUAUUGCCUAUUUGGGCUGCAGCCAUAUUACUAGUUGCCUCAAACUCCCAUCUGAGCAGCUUCACCAUUCAGCAAGCAAGAACCAUGAACCGACACCUAUCGUCAUCGUUUCAGAUCCCACCAGCCACCAUGUCUAUAUUCAGUACUCUAACCAUCCUCAUCGGCCUUCCCCUAUACGAGCGCCUCUUCGUCCCACUCGCCCGUCGGUUCACAGGGCAUCCCGCAGGCGUCACAUGCCUGCAGAGGAUGGGAAUUGGGUUCGGGAUCAACGUUUUCGCCACUAUUGCUUCAGCAUUGAUUGAGAUGAAACGAAAAGCAGCAGCUGCAGAUCACAGCCUUCUUGACAAGCCAACCGCCGUUAUCCCAAUCAGUGUCUUUUGGCUGGUCCCACAGUACUUUCUACAUGGAUUAGCUGAAAUUUUCAUGUCUGUUGGCCAUUUGGAGUUUCUUUACGAUCAGUCCCCCGAGAGCAUGAGGAGCACGGCUGCCGCCCUUUACUGGAUUGCGAUAGCAAUCGGGAACUACGUUGGCACCCUUAUGGUGUCUUUGGUUCACAAAUACACAGGUGAAGAAGGGAACUGGCUGCCGGAUCGGAACCUCAACCGGGGGAAGUUGGAGAACUAUUACUGGAUGGUGACAGGAUUGCAAGUGAUAAAUCUUGUGUACUAUGUAACAUGUGCCUGGUUUUAUAAGUGUAAACCAAUACAAGAAAUAACUGAUGCUGAUAAUGCUGAUGAAGAUGCUGAGUUUGGUGGUGAUGGUAAAGGAGACAAACAAGUAGAGUUGGUGAGGAAGUAGAGAUGUUUGAUCAGUUUGUGUAAAAUUCAACAACUGUUGUCAUGAAUUCAGUCAAGUGUAUAGGCAAAUUCUUGGAGCCUGGUUGCAACUUCUAGUGUUGAUGUUGACCCUAUUCUUGAAUCACUUAUUUCUCCA